AUAGCGAGCGUUUGCCCGCCAUGGAACUUAUCAUUUCCUUGUUCCUUUUCAACUUUUCUGUCUCUUACUUGUACAGAUGCGUAUCCCUCCUCCUCAAUCUUGAUUCAAUGACAGCUUGUAUUCGGCGUAAAGGAAUGUGGUCCUCGCAUGCCUCUCGUGAUUCCGAAAGCAAAAAACCCUCCAUUUUAUUGCCGCAGAGAGAAAUCCCUUAGCGCCUUAUGCUCCAACUUCUUGAAGCAGUACAGCAAAGACGGUGUUGACUCCACUGGAGUAGAUCAUGCUGCCUUUCAAUUAGGCAGUCUUGUAUUCAUCUCCUACGUUUUCAGUUUUUCCACUCCAUUUUUUCGUUUUCCUCUUUCGUCUCCAGGUGUUGAGCGGAGGCGGUUUAUGAUGUCGUCAAUAUACUGGAGAGUGUUGGGGUUUCGACUCUUGAGGGCAAAUGAGGAGAGGCUUGAUCAAGGUAGCCAAGUACUAUUCAUUAACGGAACGUAAAGCAAAUUCCAGCCACCGAGAGAGCCAUUAAUCCACACUGUUAGCUGGCUGAAAGUAAGCAAAUUCCUCCAUUUCACUCCUGUGGUGUUUCAUCUAUUUCUUGAAGGAGAGACUUAGAUUAAUUCCAGUAUAACAUGACAGCAUUUCGUUAUAUCAGAAUACUUGUACCAUCCUGGAAAUUGUAAAGGAACUGAAGAUCGACACAUUUUGUUAG